AGACUAAUUCACAAAUCCGCAGGUCUUUCGGAAACGACAAAUAAAUUAAAAGAUCGAUGUUACGCGACUGUUCAGAUCGAUGCAUUAAUCGGCUGUGUUUUCUAUGUGGGUCACGGGCUGCUGCCCCGCCUACCCAUCCAUUGAUUCGCGCUCCGCUCGUGCCUAGCGAGCUCAUAGUGGCUGUGUCUGCAUCCAGAGGCAGCGUCGGGCCGGACUACUCGUGACGCUAACCUUCUUUACUCACCCAGACCCCAGAGAACAACGUGGGGAAAACAAAUGGGCAAAAAUCAGACGUUGAGCAUGUGCAGAGAACUUUAUGCGUCUUAAGACUUGAUCCGAGUAUAUGGUUCAGCUCCGAAACAUUCGUUCGCUUGUAAUGACAGGAAUCUAGUUACUUCAAUUUGUGGCCAGUGUGUGUAUAUAGAGAAGCCAUUUAAUCUAGGAAAGGGUAAUUACUUUGAAUCUGUAGAAUGUCGAAGGAUAUGAAUGGCUGUGAUGCAAGAAUUUAGAUAAAAGAUACAAGGAUGUACUAGCCUAACCAAUAUUUCCUCUUCACCUUUGAUCAGGUGUUAGGCUUUGGUCAGUUUAUCAAGUGAAGAACUUGGCAUGUCUUGGAAAAGUCCAGACUUUGUACCACUCAAAUUUGGGACCAGUUCAGGUUUCUGAUUUAUCCGUCGCGGCCCGGAAAUGCGGCUUAAUCUGAACGGACUUGCCCAAGGGCUUUACACAUGUUACAAGGAGAGAGGCUGAAGGAGAGGCGGAAACGCUUGGAUCACAACCAGCAAAUCGGAUCAAUCGACAGAAGAAAUGAUCAAUAGUUCAAUGUUUUGUUAGUUAACACAACCCGAGAAGCUCAAGGGAAGGAGCCUGGGAGGCGAGCCCGACCCACGGGAGUGCCGACUUUGCCAGAUGUUUUCACUAGACCCAGUUACUCGUGCUUUUCUAUGUAGGGCAUUUUUUCUUUUUUCUGUUUUUUUACUGUAACAGCGGCUGGCUUAUCGGCUGAAGGGGCAAACAGACUACUGAACAGUAAACCCUGACGUGUUGAAAGCGAAUUGUUCACCAGCAUAAACUGUGUGAUCACUGCGCGUUACCACUAGAAAAAUGAGAUAAGCUCCUGUACGGUAUAUAUGAUUAUAUUGUACUGUUGGAAGCUAGUUGACGGCUAUUUAUGCUGGCACACAAUGCAUUGAUACAAACGUAGGCAAACGAAUUAGUACUCGCAGUGAAGUGUCUUUUUGAGGAAAAAUCUGGCUACUUUUCAAUUUUAAUUGCAAAAUUUCUCAACAGAAUAUUUGAAACGAAUGCUAUGGCAGUCGUGUAAAUUCGUUAGCUUGGCUGAAUGCUCUUGAUGUACUGUAAGCCAAGGCUAUGCGUGAUCAGCCAUAUCUCGGGGGUGGGCUAAUGCCGGACAGCUGCUGCCCGUCGUGCGAAAACUCCCUACAAUUGCCAGGUGUCAAAGAGCAGUGCAAUCUUCAGAUAAGUGAAGCUAAAUGAACGGAAAUAUCCUGAUGGGCCCAAAAGAAGAUCUGCCGGAUAGCCUGGGAUAUCUGUCACUGGAGUCAAAUGACAUACAGCCUCUUAACUCACACCAAAAGUCCAAGGACUCCUUCAGCAUCGAUGACAGGGGAUACCCUCGAAACCGGCGGCGGGACACCAGUACCUGUCUCAAAUGUCUACGAGGGACGAUGUCAUGCUAUAACGUGAUACUCCUGAUCGUUGGCCUCGGUGGAUUGGGGGCAGGUGUAUGGUUGAUGCUGAAGGACUUUAAUGCCCGGGAAGUGACAGCACUAGUGGGCGUGAACAUGUUUGAAAUUGCCUCCUAUUUGUUAAUAGCAGGCGGUGGUGUAGUGUCAUUACUGGCUUUCUGCGGCUGUUGUGGAACUAUGAAGGAAGACAGAUGUGUACUAGGAUUUUAUGCUACAACGUUAACUCUCAUGCUGAUCAUGCUGUCGGGUUGUGCCAUCGCCUUCAUUUCAAAACAAUAUUUAGAAAACAAGCUUGAGCAAAGGUUUAUAGAUAAUUUAGUCACAAAAUAUGGUGUGGACAUUCGAACCAAAUCUGAAAAUAGGUUGAUCACAGACGCUUGGGACUCCGUGCAGAGAGAGCUGGAAUGUUGUGGAGUAAGUGGCAACGUGACAGGAACACUGUCCUGGUCAAUCUACAAAUUAGAGACCGAGUGGCACAGGCGGAAAGAAAAAAAAGUCCCUUACGUGCCUGAGAGCUGUUGUAAAAAGGACGCUGACAUAGGUCUCUGUACAGGAUCCAAGCCUUUCCCGGGCCCACCGGCUGUAGGUUCAGAUACUGUAGCAGGACGCAAGGUCAACCCUCACUUGUCCUCUGAUGGGUGCUAUGACAAAGUUGUGGAGAAGAUAGGAGAACACGCAUUAAUAAUCGGUCUCAUAUCUGCCGCUAUUCCUCUGUUUUUGAUAAUAGGUGUGGUCAUAUCCUGCUGUCUCUGCUUUAAGGUAGAGAAGGACCCGGAUGACGAUGAUGACGAUUCAUUGAGUAAUGUGUGAAUCACGUGUUAAUUGGACCAUCGUAAUAUAAAAAGACUACCGAAUUCAAUCAAUGGCGUCAGUGUGCUGAACUGUACUUACCGUACAGUACGAACAUUUUUGAAAGGAAAUUGCUGGAUAGCAAGAUUACUGUGGACUUCCUGACAUGUUUCUGUUGUGUCUUUUGACCAUCUUCCAACCAAAUUGUUUUCCAUUUGCGUGAACUGAAACCAUUGCUGUUGAUGGAGGCGAAUGUGCUCUAUAGGAGGACCAUCCGCAUACUGUAAGGAAGGAGAAUUUCUUCUUUCCUUAUUUUUGUGGAGAACAAUUAAUAGCAUGGGGCUCCAAAUAUUAUUGAACACACUGACGUCUCUUGCAAAGGUACGGUAGCACAAUGCAAAAGCCACCAAUGACAGGAUGUAGGUGCGUCAACCUGGUUAUUAUGUCUUUUCAUGAGAUUUGAGUUGCCAGCUCUGUAGGUGGUACAAAAUGCCACUUAAUACAGAUCUCAGGCUGCUUCCAUCUAAGGUUUAUACAUCGCUUGCAGCUUCGACAUAGCUUUUUAGACAGUGUCUAACUAUGCAAAUUGUGAACGGUUCCUGGUCAGACCGGGAGGAAUAACAUCGCCCUAAAUCACAUAUUGGUGAUACGUCGGCGCCAGAAGUAGCUUUAAUGCUUCAGAGUUUUUCCAUGUACAUUAUAAGAUCUGUUUAAGUUUUCUGUUAUUCAGUUUUAUUGUCAUAUUAUAUACCGAACUUAUUGUGAUGAUACGAGCGUGAGAGGUGUAAAGAUUGUCAAACCUUCCUUUCUGUGAAUUGCGACAUGCUAUCAUUUUAAGAAGAUUUCCUGGAAGAGAGAUUGCCAGGUGUUCUUUUCUGUGACAUGCGACCAGCUAUGACUUUUGGAGGAUUUCCUGGUGGAAGAGGCUGGCUCUAAGGACUCUCUCAGAUCUCAGCACCGUCCCUCGUUCUAGUCUCGACUGACGGGCCAGCAAUGAGCACCGCGACAAAGCAGUCCAAACCCAAGCCAAGCUGAUGAUAUCAUUCAGUGGCAGAUUCCAGCCAUUUCUGACUUAAUUUAAAUCUUCUUCACAGCGCUUUAUUUUUAGUCGUGGAAGUUGAAGUUUGGACACGUUUGUCCUAAGAUAAUAUUGAUGCGGUAGACACAAUUUUAAGUACUAAAGUCCAAAAAUGAGCUCGCAUUUCAAAGUUUGACAAAGCCAGUUUUGACUGGUCAAAAAUUUAAAAUAUGGUUUUAUAGCCCUCUAAAUUUAAAUUUUGACCACCUCAUCAGUGUUAUCUUAAGACAUGUGUGUCCAGAUUUCAACUUCCAUUACUGGAAAUUAAAUAUUGUGACAACGUUUUAAAUUUUGACUUAAGUCAGAUAUGUCUUUGUGGAAUCGACCCCUGAACCCGUAUUUAUCCAGAAACUUAAGCCUUAAGUCAUAAAUUCCAAGUCCUUUAAAAGCUAAACUCAGAUGAGGAAAGAACUCAAAUUGUGGUUUGUAUAUUGUUUUGCAGUAAAGAAUCUGUGUACAAAUUUUAAACUUUUUAGAGCAAAGCAUUUUAUUUGUGGCCUUGUUUGAAUUCUUGACUUCAGUCUUAAGACGUUUGAUAAAUACGGGCCAGGAGUCGUAAGGGACCAUGCUAUCUCUCCUGAUACCUAUAACGUGUUGGUGGUACGCUUCAUUAAGAAUUCAGUCGAGAUCCUCUCAUUGAUUGCCGUUAUUAUAUAGGAAGAAAAACUUUACCAAAGAUGUCUUGUUUCCCAGAUGUAUAUAAGAUGAGUGUUGGUACUUGUAUGCGUGUGGAUUGGAAGUUACCCGUAUGCGUCACCUCACUACCCAUCACGUUUACACUUUUAUACAUAGUAGAGUCAAUCUGAUCACAUUGUUUAUAGCGAUAUAAUAAUCUUAGGAAGAGGGCGUCUUGGAUAUUCAGAAUUUGCCUUUCUAGACGUUUUACGGAUAUGUCCACCAGAGUAAUUGACUUCAUAGCAUCGUCACAUGAUUUCAUUUCUGUACCAUUGAAAUUAAUUGUAUUUAAUUGGCUUGGCAUCUCAUGUCUGUGAGUCAUUUUGUGUUGUAUGUAUCUGUUCAUAUCUAACCAUUUCUUGUAAAUUAUCGUCCCGCAAACUGAGAUGAUCCAUAGAAUUCAUUCAUAUCGAAUAGUGAAAAAGUUUCCGGAGUGGAAUCGAGGGGCAUUCUGACUAUUACAGGUUUCUAUUUUGAUGUUUUGUUUUAUGUGUCAUAGUUUUUAGCCCUUCACGUGAUUCAGUUGAACAAAUGGUCGUUUGUAACCGUUUGCUUGCUAUAACAGAAAUCUGUGUCAGAGUAUACCUUACAGUUGAUGCAUAUACUAAGUCGUUGCAAUAUUGAUAAACACUGGUUCACAUUUUUGUGACCUCAGUGUUAUGUUUGUAUUUAGUGUCUUGCAUGGGUGAAAUGUUUGUACUUACUAUCGUGGCGUGCAGGUGUACCUAUCCUCUCCCAUUGUUGCCCACUUUGUUGUUAAUACGAUACCUGGGCAUCGUUUGAUUGAGCUACCUUUGUAUAAUCAUUGUGAACUAUUUCUGUAAUAUUGUGCUCGCCGUACAUCUCUCGCUGUCAGCGUCAGUGUAAAGGACUUAGGCCUGUUCUAUGUCUGUAUUUAACCAGCAUGACAGAAGAAUGACAGUUGAACAAGGACAAGUUAGACUUUCAGAUAUUCACCACUAUUUAAAUGUCUUCUUUCCGUAAUGAUUUGUAUUUUAACCAAUGAGAAGAAGUUUGCAUUAUAUUUUCCUAAAUAAAAAUUUUAAAUGACAUUAAAAAAAAAACAUA